CUUCUCGGAAGUACAUUCCAAAAUGGUGGACGAAACAUUUGUUAUGUCAAGUUGUCGGCGUUUCCCUUGAGCUAAAUGCAACAAGAAAAUAUAAACAAAAGCUCAUUCGAUAGCCCACCGUGAUAGUGACCGUUGUGAUUAUAGUUCCUACAGGAUGGAGGAUCAAGAAAAAAUGGAAGAUACGUGUCGCUUGUGCGAUGAAGUUACCGACAAAAUGUACAGCGUUUUCGAGUCGACCGAGGAGGGCUUUGAGGUGCUUCAGAUGAUCAAAGAAUGCAUGCCGAUAGUGAUAUAUAGGACAGAUCCUUUGUCCAAACAAGUGUGUGAAAGUUGCUACAACCAUUUGGGCGCACUGUAUACUUUCAAGAAGGCCGCACUUGAGACUGCUGAUAGGCAGAAAAGCAAAUUGAAGGAGACGAUUGAGUUGGCGGGGGAGUGUAAGGAGAUUGAGCUCUUCCUGAAGUGUGGAGAUGUGCCUGAGGACUGUGACUUGAAAGAUGCUGGCACUUCUACUGAAGACCUGACAAUCUUCUGCAAUAAUUGCAAACAGGCAAUAGCUGAUGGCAACCUAGUUAAUGGUGAAUUGGAAUUGUGCACCGAUUUGCACAAAGCCAUUGCAGAGUCCAUGCUCAAAAAUAAGGUUCCAACCGAAUCUGUAUCUGAAAAGUUGCUUCGCAAGCGCAAAGUGAUUCCCUUCUAUCACGAAUUGGAUGACUCGUUGUGCAGCAGCCUGACGGAGUUCACGCAUGCGACUGAAGGCAGUCAAGGCUUCGACGAACCCAGCGACGUGGACAGCGUCGAAUCGGAGGAACAGAUGCGACCGAGGAAGAAGCGGAAACUGGAAGUUGAAGAUGAAAAUGGGUAUGGUGGACAGGCCAAGUGCAAGGGUGCCGUGCGGAGGAGGAUCAAAGAGAUCAAUGGAAAGUCUGGGGAUUACGAAAAGUUGUUCACGCAGGAUAGAGAAUUCAGGUUCCAUCCCUUGAGCCUCCUCAACCUCGCGCUGAACGUGAUCAACAAGCAGAUCGAUCCGGAGUACGAACCCGAGGAAUACCUGAUCGAGCAAGUGAACCCCAAGUGCAAGUACUGCGGCAAGCCGUUCCUCAACCUGAAAUUGCUGGCCGUGCACGAGCAACAGCACAUCGACGUCGAAGUCGGCGAAAAGAUCGACAACCCGGUCCCAUGGGACGAAUCCAGGGAGGAUGCUGAGGUACGCAACAAGUGGCUCAACCACUUUGACGAGAACGGAUACGCGGACGAGGAUAUUGUCACGCCGGAUGACCCCCUCAAAGCUGACAUCGACGAUGUGAUCGAAGCAGAACCAGAAUGUGUUCUGACUGAAACUGCCGAACAAGAAGGCGAAGCGGAAAACGAAGCUGAUGGUGAAGCCGACGCGGAAGGCGAGUCUGCAAAUGACCAACCAGAAAAACCACUAAUGACCGUGACCGAUUCGCAUAGGACGGAGGUCGAAGACAAAAUUAUCCUGAAAGACCAGCAGCCAAUGGUCAACGGGAUGUACCUAGGCGAUUACAGUAAGGAAGAGAGGAAGCAGUUCUACCAAACUAUGAGGAUACAGGGAGUUAACAAGAAGUUCUGUCAUUUGUGCAGGUAUACAUUUAAGGACAACUGGGCCAUCGAGAGCCAUUACUUUUCAUCAGCCUGUUACUACACGUGUCGCUAUUGCGGCAUGCGCUUUAACAAGCAGCGGCACAAAUAUGACGAACACGUAGCGGAGCAUACGAAGAAGAACGACAAGUUCUCCGAGAAGGUUUAUGCAGCCAGCAAGAUCAGUAAUGUGAUGCCGAAGAUACUUCAGCAACCGCGGCCAAAGAAGAUCGUGGUGACCCAGCACACGGCGCCUCCUCAAGAAAGGCCACAGUUCGUCGGGCAUCAGAUCAAAGUCAAGAAUUUUACUGGAUCAUCGCAAGGUGUUCAUGGAAACAUUAGGAUUAAAGAAGAGCCUCAGGAUCACCCGACGAACAGCGGCGGGCUUCUGACCACGACGCAGUUGAAGAGCACGAACCAGGCGUACUUCUGUAGGAAGUGCUACAAGGUGUUCUUCCGAUUGGAGGAGUUCAACAAUCACAGCGCUAAUUGCGACUAUAACCAGAUGGGCGGUAAUCGAGGUAGUGCGCAGGGCAGUGCUAGCGGAGGUGGCAGUAGCGGUGGGGGCGGUAAUACCGGAGUUGCUACGAGGUACUCCGCCCCUGGUGGUUCCAGUAGAAACGGGGAAGUGUCGCCGUCUGGAAGGCCUAUGCGAAAUUGUGCUAAGGAGACUGGACCAUACAGGGAUGAGGCGUUCUUGCCCGAUUCUAUCCUAAAAGAGCAGCGAAGCAGCGGCGGCGGGCAGCAGUCAUUCAUCUGUUUCGUAUGCAACACGCCCUUCCCGACGAUCUAUUCGCGCAACAGCCACAUGCGCAUCCACAAAACCGAACAGUUCCAGCAAAUGCCGCAAAUGCAAUCGAUCAGUUUUCGGCCGCAACAGCAAAUGCAGCAGAAGCCGCAGCAGUCACACCACCAGAACCACCCUCAAGGAUACGGCAGCAGGAUGCAACAGUCGCAUCAUCCUCGGGCUUCGCAAAACCAUUAUGCUGGCGUUAACCUCGACCUAGUGAAACAGGAGCCCAUUGAUGAUAUGCCAAUUUCGAUGGAACCGAUGGUCGAAAUCCACGAGACUGAAUCUUAUAGUGGUUCUACUAGUACUAUUGGCGACGGUGCGGUCAGUAUAACGCCCAUUAGCAAAAAACCUAAACCGUUUGUUCUAAAUUCGAACGUCAUGAAGCUAGUACAGAACAAUCCGAACAUCUCCAUUAAGCCCAGGUCGCCUCCGGAGAGGAUCAGCUUGCAAGCAUUAGCGAAUAGCCAAUCGAACCAGAUGCAAAUGAACGCUGGAGGAGGUAUCCCGCUCGGCGACGAUAACAGGACCUAUAAAUGUUCUUCGUGUUGGGAAGCCUUCUCGAACAAAUCACACCUGUAUUUCCACAAAAAGAACCAGUGCGAAGGGUCCCGACUGCCCUGUCCGUUCUGCAAGAAGCGCUUCGGCACUGAAGCAGAGUACAGCUCGCACAUAUACUACAGUCAUCCGGAAUAGGGUCGGGCCAAUAGGACGCGAGUCCUGUUGGGAAGAUCUAAGUAAACGAUACGGCCGAGUGCCUAAAUAGUGUCAUUAUGGCAGCCUCUUCACCUUGCGUAGAUCUCAGUUACGUCAUAUAAAAGGAUAAAAAUUUAGCUUAACACUGAAACGUUUUGAUUAAGAGCUUAAAAGCUUUGACGCAAAGGAAGAAUUAUUAAAUGCCAGAGUUUUAAUUUGGCCUUGGAUCAAAACGUAGGAUUUCUCUUCAAGCUACAUUUAGUUCGUUAAAAACAAAAAUGCUGACUCCAGACAAUAGUAAAGUCGUUACCGGAAGAACCACCCAAAAUCAGAAUCACUGCGAUAUACAUAUUUCAUAUUUUCUGCGUCCACCUUCUGGUAAAAAUAAAUUGAACAUGUAAGGCGCCUCAUUUUGAAGGUAUUUUCAUGCUCUAUAAAACGUAUGAAGCAUUUUGACUAAUACUUUAUAGUUUAUUGACAUACGAAAACUUACUGGCUACAGAGCCAGACAUGCCAUACGACUGCGCGUCAAGCUCUCGUCAUCAUAGAAAUUCACCCAAAAAUUCAACGUAAUUUUCAGAGUUGCACUGCUGUGUUAAGCCGCGUACAGACCGAGAUUCCAACGCUGGCCAAGGCACAUGUUAAGCCGCGUACAGACCGAGAUUCCAACGCAGGCCAAGGCACAUCUUAAGCCGCGUACAGACCGAGAUUUCAAUGCAAGCCAAGGCACAUGUUAAGCCGCGUACAGAGCGAGAUUCCAACGCAGGCCAAGACAAAUGUUAAGCCGCGUACAGACCGAGAUUCCAACGCAGGCCAAGGCACAUGUGGUUACAGAUCGAGAGGUGUUGGAGUCGGUGUGUACAUAAGCCAACGAUUUCCAAGGUCGGCGUUGGCGUUCGAUUGCGUUCGCUCCUUGAUCGGAACGUCAAAGUGAGGUUUUAUUUGGUCUGGACGCGCUCCUAGUGUUUAGUCGCUCGACAUUAGCACCGAACUUAACCCGACGCGGUCCAACUUGAAACUAAAUUUAGGUGUAGGCGAGCGCAUUCCAAUACCUUCCAACAACAAACGUCAACGUCGCAUGGCUUUUUACAAUGUGACAGAUUUUAGUGGAAAAUUUCAGCUUUGAAAUUUCUAGUUCACGGCAUACAAGCUUUAAUGGCCGGUGGAUUCUUACAUAUGAAGUGUAUCUUGAUUUGCCCGGAUUUCGAACGAAAUUUCUAUCUCGCGGGCUGCAGCUCAAACGGCUUAAUGAAUUUUGGCAUUCGAGGCGGAAGUGUUCUGUGCAAAUUUCUUAGCGAGAUCAUCGUUGUGUGGUUCUGAACGAGUGCGUGACUAUUUUCAUGUUUGAAGAGCAAUAAGCGUAGACUUUUCAAAUAAUGUUUUUUUAGGAAUCCAGAAAUAAUACUGUUUUUCGUAAAAAUAAUAGACGAAUUCAAAUUGUAAUUGAAAAAUGAUCAAAAACGCUGCAAACGAGUUGAGCACUAGCGAGGUGUCUCUAUAUUUGCCUUAAUACAGUGAGUGACACUGAGCCACUAAAACUGUACAACAUAAUUUUUGAUCCAAGAAAUCAAUCAUAUUAGACCAAAGUACCCCUGGUUUGCGAAAUAAUUGUAAAGUCUGGUUUUAUGGCUGCAAGUUGUUCAAGAUAACAUGGACGCGUAAAAUGGGUACACCAAUUUUUGCGGGAAACCUUUUUGUCUACAACAAAGAAUGGGAAAACGUGUUCUUUGGAAUUUAAGCGAAAGUGUUGGCAGGAACGAAAAAAACUCUUCUUAAAAGUUUUUUAGGUAUUUAUGAGACCACACCUAAAAAGAUCCGACUAAUAGCAAAAAAGUUACGACCAAAAACCGAAGCAAAUUACAGGUUUUGGCACUUCAAAUUCGUCGGAUUCGUACUUCUAAAUGACCACAAAAAAAUUGGAGUAGAUUGGUCAAGUAGUUUUUGAGAAUUUCUAAUUGUUUAAAAAUACCUGUUUUCUGGCCAUCACUACUAGUUUAUUGAUCAAUAUACAGGGUUAGUUCAAACGGCAUUUUAUAGCAAAAUACACUAGUUUACUUUGCCGAUAUGAAUCCACCAUUCCGGAAGAUAAAUGUAAUUUUUAUGGGUUACGUUUUUUCUUCUAAACAAAUUCAAACAUUUCGUAUUUGUGAGUAAUUUGCAACAAAAGAGCAGUUUGACCAAUACUUUAUAGUUUGUUGACAUACGAAAACUUCGACGGUUAAUAAAAACGUUACCCGGCAAAAAUGUUUGUAUGUUCACUCUAAAGAAUAUACUACAUUGUAAAGUCCGUAUAUGCUACUUUUUUCUGAAAUUGCAGAUAUCGUGGUCUAAUAUACACAGCCAGACAUGCCAUACGACUGCGCCUCAAGCUCUCGUCAUCAUAGAAAUUCAUCCAAAAAUUCAACGUAAUUUUCAAAGAGUUGCACUGGUGUUAAGCCGCGUACAGACCGAGAUCCCAACGCAGGCCAAGGCACAUGUUAAGCCGCGUACAGACCGAGAUUCCAACGCAGGCCAAGGCACAUGUUAAGCCGCGUACAGACCGAGAUUCCAACCCAGGUCAAGGCACAUCUUAAGCCGCGUACAGACCGAGAUUCCAACGCAGGCCAAGGCACAUCUUAAGCCGUGUACAGACCGAGAUUUCAAUGCAAGCCAAGGCACAUUUUAAGCCGCGUACAGACCGAUAUUCCAACGCAGGCCAAGGCACAUGUUAAGCCGUGUACAAACCGAGAUUCCAACGCAGGCCAAGGCACAUCUUAAGCCGCGUACAGACCGAGAUUCCAACGCAGCCCAAGGGACAUGUUAAACCGCGUACAGACCGAGAUUCCAACGCAGGCCAAGGCACAUGUGGUUCCAGAUCGGGAGGUGUUGGACUCGGUGUGUACAUAAGCCGACGGUUUCCAAGGUCGGCGUUGGCGUUCGAUUGCGUUCGCUCCUUGAUCGGAACGUCAAAGUGAGGUUUUAUUUGGUCUGGACGCGCUCCUAGUAUUUAGUCGCUCGACAUUAGCACCGAACUUAACCCGACGCGGUCCAACUCGAAACUAAAAUUAGGUGUAGACGAGCGCAUUCCAAUACCUUCCAACAACAAAUGUCAACGUCACAUGUACUUGCAUUCGUUUGCUCGGCUUUGGAUUUUCGGUCUGUACGCGGCUUUAGACAACUUGAACGGUAUGUCUCGGAUGCCUCGCGGGCGAGUGUACGAACCUAGGAAGAAACUGUAUUUUUUACCCAACUACCUCGGAAGAAGGGUGAUAGUUUUUCGGGCAUGGUUAUGUAUGUGGACGAAAAAUUCUAUUUCAGGAAUUCGACGUAUUGGAUUCGUCUCAGCGGUGAGAGUGACUCCGAAUAAUAAUAAUAAUACAAAAUGACGGAUUUUAAUCGAAAAUUUCAGCUUUGAAAUUUCUAGUUCACAGCCUACAAGCUUUAGUGGCGGAUGAAUUCUUACAUAUGAUUUGCCCGGAUUUCGAACGAAAUUUCUGUUUCGCGGGCUGCAGCUCAAACGGCUUAAUGAAUUUUGGCAUUCGAGGCGGAAGUGUUCAGUGCCCCGUCCGACAAAUUUCGUAGCGAGAUCAUCGUUGUGUGGUUCUGAACGAGUGCGUGACUACUUUCAUGUCUGAAGAGCAAUAAGCGUAGACUUUUCAAAUAAUGUUUUUUAGGAAUCCAGAAAUAAUACUGUUUUUCGUAAAAAUAAUAGACGAAUUCAAAUUGUAAUUGAAAAAUGAUCAAAAACGCUGCAAACGAGUUGAGCCCUGGAGAGGUGUCUAUAUAUUUGCCUUAAUAAAGUGAGUGAACUGGGCCACUAAAACUUGUACAACAUAAUUUUUGAUCCAAGAAAUCAAUCAUAUUAGACGAAAAUACCCCUGGUUUGCGAAAUAAUUGGGUUUUAUGGCUGCAAGUUGUUCAAGGGGAGAUGGACGCGUAAAAUGGGAACACCAAUUUUUGCGGGAAACCUUUUUGUUCUACAACAAAGAAUGGGAAAACGUGUUCUUCGGAAUUCAAGCGAAAGUGUUGACAGGAACGAAAAAAGCUCUUUAUAUAAGAUUUUUAGGUAUUUAUGAGACCUACAAAAUGAGACCACACCUAAAAAGAUCCGACUAAUAGCAAAAAAGUUACGACCAAAAACCGAAGCAAAUUGCAGGUUUUGGCAUUUCAUUCUUCAGAUUCGUAGGAUUCGUACUUCUAAAUGACCACAACAAAAUUGGAGUAGAUUGGUCAAGAAGUUUUUGAGAAUUUCUAAUUGAUUAAAGAUACCUGUUUUCUGGCCAUCACUACUAGUUUAUUGAGCAAUAUACAGGGUUAGUUCAAAGGGCAUUUUAUAGCAAAAUACAUUACUUUACUUUGCCGAUAUGAAUCCACCAUUCCGGAAGAUAAAUGUAAUUUUUAUGCAAAAAAAGGAUGGGUCAAGUUUUUUCUUCUAAACAAAUUCAAACAUUUCGUAUUUGUGAGUAAUUUGCAACAAAAGAUGAUAGACACAUCCGCUUUAUAUUAAAAUGUGUAUAGUAACAUAUAUUUUUCGAAUAUCGUAGCGCAUUCGUUCAAUUACUCACAAAUACAAAAUAUUUGAAUGUAUUUAAAAAAAACGUAACCUUUGUUUUACGCAUAAAAAUAACAUUGGAAUGGUUUGUGAUUCAUAUCGGCAAGGUAAACACGUAUAUUUUGCUAUUAAAAGCUCUUUGAAUGAACCCUGAAUAUUGCUCAAUAAACUAGUUUUUUCCUCCCUGUCAGCACUUCCGAUUGAAUCCCAAAAAACACGUUUUCUCAUUCUUUAUCAAAUAAAAAGUUUUCCCACAAAAAUUGGUGUAUCCAUUUUAUGCGUCCAUCCCCUUGAACAACUUGCACCAAUAAAGCCAGACUUUACAAUUAUUUCGGGGAAAUUUGCUAAUACGAUUAGACUAUGAGUUAUUCUCAGAUUUGCAAGGAUUCUUUGCGAAAAAGGUUUUUAGUCUGAAAGCUCUUAACAUAGCUCAUUUGAAUAACUCUUCAUGUCGUCAUCCUUUAAUCAAAUAAAUAGUAACGAUCGGAAAUAGCCUGGAGCUAGUUUCUUGUAAAUCAAAUUCAGAUAAAAGCGUGAGGAUCUUUGAGGACUCGCACCAUAUUGCUAUAGAAUUCCUGCAAAAUUAAUGAUUGCAAAAUGGAAAUGGGUGACGUGAAUGUUUACGAUAUGAACAAAUGUAUUCGUGAUUGAAGUACAUUUCUUCACUGGUAAUGUUUAGCCUUAUGAAUGCACAUAAAAUAUUUCUGUUUGAAGAAAUUGAGACACCAGUUGUAUUUACUAUUUGAUAUCCAAAAUAUUUCAGAGCAGUUUUAGAAUGUAUGAAAGUAUUUAUUUUAGAAGGCAGUUUUGCUUCUAAAAUAAUAAUUGAUGUAUCCAUUAUAAUUUAAAACGAAAGGUUAUUAUCUAUCCCUAAACUAUAUAUAUUGAAUGUACAGGUUCGACAAAUAGUAGUGUGACGAUUCUGCGAGCUGGACUUAUUUAGAUUAUUUCCUGUAUUCUAAGUUGAGCAGUAAAAUUCAUCAUUCCGAGAGAACGGUUUAUUUAGAAAUUCAAGUCUGGAUCAAUUUUCUCGUAUAUGUAAAGUUAUGAAUUCAUUGUUUUCAGAGUUAACAAUUACGCCUAUUGUACCGGGUAGCCGAUAUUUAACUGACUGGUUUGUAUCAUGGAUAUUGUGGUGAAAUGAAAUAAAAUACGUCAAUUCUGUUCAUCUUAAUCUUUUACUGAAACUGUUCGCUGUUCAUUGUUUCCGUAGCUGGGUGGCAGGUUGCUCCGUCCUGCUGGAACCACAUGUUUUGCAGGUCAAAUUGUGACAGUAAGACAAUUACCUGCAGCGUCUUCAAAGGAGUAACGAAUACCCAGUUCUUGAGAACGAUGUCUGGUAGACGUCUCAGGGCGCUCCACUACACUUUCACGAACUCUCUCGAUGUUGUCCGAACAGUUCGAACACGGCCCGACAUUGGCAAGUCUUUAACUUCACCGUUUGUUCAAAGUUCGAACGAAUGGUGUUGACACUGGGCACAAUAUUUCGACCGAAAUCUUGUCGUAGCUUCCGAAUCGAGUCAUUAUUUAAGUAUUUAACAAUACGGACUCGUGGGAUCGCGAUAAAUUGGACACAUAUUCUUUAAAAAUAUCAAGUAUCAAAAAUGGCGCGGAAUUUAAAUCAGUCAAAUAUACGAGUAUAUUGGCCACCCUGUAUGAUUAAAAAGCGACCGUGCUAAAUCUAUUUAUUUCUGAAUAACUUGUUGAAAUGUUUUACUAAAAACCAAAGCUAGGAUUUAUUUAGUAAUCGGAGCAGUACUAUUUGUACACCCUGUGUAUAUUGUACAUUGUAAAUAGCAUAAACAACAGUAUAAGGAAUCUCUGGAUUCGGCGCUUUUACUAGGGCUGACACAGUGCGAUUAUUUAUUGAAAUGUAUUAAGUAUACAUAGUAUUUUUUAUUUUGUAUACCGUUAUUUUAUAUACAAUCUGUAUUUCCAGGACAGGAUUUCUAUUGUUUGUUGUAGUGUCCAGAUACGUAAUUUUAAUCACGUUUUUAUUAUUCUUUUAGGUAGAUUAUAUAUCAUUGUAAAUACUCACAGUAAUUUUUUUCUGAAUAAAC